AAGCAGGCGGUUGUGUCACCGACGGAUCGUCCACUCGACGACAACUCGCGAUAGUCGUCGGCGCCGACGACAGCGCCAAGGGCUCCCGAGCGUGGUCCGCUUGCUCGCACGAAUACCCUACGCGAAUAGGCUCCCCCAUUCGCAGUCAGGGCAGCGCUCGACCUCGCCCAUCAUGGGCUCAUCGGUGUCUCUCUUCAAGACCCUCCUCGUCCCCGCUGUCAUCUCCCUCAUCAUCUUCCUCUUCCUCACCUUCGUCCUCGUCCCCGUCUGGCGCCGCUACCGCAACCGCUACUCGCAGUACCUCCCGCUCGACUCCAUCUCCGACCGCACCUCAUCGUUACGCCACCGCAUCCUCGGCCGCUUCUCUUCGCUGAAUCCCCUGGGCCACUUCCUCAGCGGCAGGCAGCAAGUCGUCUUCGCCAGCGGCGCCGCUGGCCUAGGCGCCGAGUCGGGCGCGGACGACGAGGACGGGGAGGAGCUGGGCGACGUCGACGAGGCGACGUGGCGCGCCAUCGAGAGGCAUGUUCCGUCGGUGCAUACACCGGAUAGCACAAGGCGGUUGAGCAGAGAUCUGGAGGAGGGUUUUAUGGACGAUAGCGACGACGAACCAGACCGCAGACUAGCAUGACACAGCGCGGCGAUGGAACAAGAAAAGUAUCGAAUCAUUGUGACCGCAUAGAUAGUUUUGAACCAGCGUAGUUAUAUUGCUAUCCCAUGGGCUUAUAUCACGUUUGUGUGCAAUGACAUCAACUUGAUC